CUGGCCCUGCCCUGCAAGCUGAUGAUCCCCAGCAAAGAUCCCAAUGAGGAGGCCCUGGAGCUGGACACUCCCACUGACACAGUGGCCGAGCUGGUGAAACAAGGAGCAGUAGCACAGCAACAAGUCCCCGAGGAGGCCCAUGCAUGCAAUGUUCUUUACAUCAGCUCUGUGGACAUGGAGUCUCUGACCGGUCCUCAGGCCGUCGCCAAGGCAAUCAGCGAAACGGUGGCCGUCAACCCGUUGCCCGCGGCAACAACCGUCCACUUCAAAGUGUCGUCCCAGGGCAUCACCCUCACGGAUAGCCAGAGGAAGGUCUUCUUCCGAAGGCACUACCCAAUCAACACUGUCACCUACUGUGACAUUGACCCCCAGGACAGGAAGUGGAGCAAGGAAGGAGGUGGAACGGCAAAACUGUUUGGUUUCGUGGCACGUAAACAAGGAAGCACAACGGACAACGUCAGCCACCUGUUUGCCGAGUUGGACCCCGACCAGCCUGCUUCAGCCAUCGUCAACUUCGUCUCCAAAGUCAUGAGGCGAUGAAACCAACCAACCCCCGGCAGCCAUUUUUUUGUUCUUCCAUUUUUUUUCUUAAUUUUGGAUUGUGUUUCAUUAUUUUCUUCUGUUCUCUUUGUUUUCUUCUGCGAGAUUUUAUGUUUGAAGGACUUGGAGGUAAUCCAAGAUGGCGUCAGAGGAAGUUGUGGCUGGAGUGGUGACAGUGAUAACGUGGCUCGAGCUGGUGGAGGAAGAUGGUUUCUUCCACAGGGUAACUGUGGAAGUCCAAGUGGAGAAGCUGCGUGCUAAACUACGUAUCAGUGGGAGAAAAGGACACUGACAUUUAUCAGGUUUUCGGAUUGAUUUACCAAAGGUAGCACUCAGAACAAGUAUGUCAUUAUUAGAUGGUCAGUUUAAGGCGUUGUAGGUUUUCUUUUCUUUUUUGUUCUUUUUUUACAAUGGGACUYUUGAAAUGAAACAGACAAAAACAGAAAGAAUGCUUUCUUCUUGAACUUUAUUCUGUCUUCAGAAAAAUAGUUUGCCUCAAUGGCUUCUUACUAAAGAAUAUUUAAGAAGACAUUUUGCAUGUUAGCUCGAUCUUUAAGCUUGGUCCACUAAAGUAAUUUGUGAACCCUCGAGUGGACAUUUCCCAGGCCUGUUGUAUGUUGUAAAGGGCUCAACAGCGAGAAAAAUAAACUGUUCUCAACUUCACCGAGCAGAUCAACCUUCUCAUAAAACACAUUGCUAAUGUUAGGUCCAGACUUGACCAGUCGAUCCUGGAGCGCACUGAUUGAUUUCAGAUGUGGGAGAUGGAUUACUCUGGCCUGUGGAAAGGUAGCUGGUAAAUCUACUGCUGUCACUCCUCCUGUCCACACGGUGGUGCCGAUUAUCCACGUUUGAACUCAAUCCUGCUUGACUCAGACUGAUCCUCACCUGCUGGCUGCUCACAGACACUGCUACUUAACACACUGGAAACAAACGCCAGGGACUGGUCCGAGCCCUGGGCCCUAGGCACUGUCCUGCAUGUUUUAGUCCAACUGCACCCCCCUCCCUCUAAGCUACGUUCAACAUCACCAAAACGGCCAUUCUAUGCUGUGUUCUAUGAAGACUUUAACCCUAAGACAAGAAAACAGAGGUUGUUUGCCUUGUUAGAGACUGCAUGAUAUUAUAAACKAUUUUUGGACUCUACUAAAGAGUCCUAAAAAGAAAAAAGAACAUGUAGACAGCCUUUUGUUGAAGUAGUUACUCGAUGGUGAGAUGCGAUAUUUAUUUUAUUUUCUUGUUCCAACUUGCAGCAGGGUUUCACUGUAUCAAGCAAGGUUGUCUUUCAUUUUUAACCAAAAGGGAAUUUAUCCUCUCACCAGAUCGCAUCUACAUACCUUUAGACAAACCUAGAGGUUGUCACACUGUGUGUAAAUGCCUGCUUCUCAAACACAACCACCCACCAUCUUUCAUAAGCUAAGGAAAAUGUAUUGAUAUCAAAAUGUUAUAGAUAUACUACUUUGAAAGGUGACAUAGCUAAAAAAAAAUAUUUAUUUUUGUUGCUUUGUUCCUCCAUGAUAACUCAUAUAUACAUAUAUUGUACAGUCUACAUAAAGAAGAUUACCUUAAGGAUUGAGAAAAAAAUACUUAUUUUGGCUAAUGAUUUCAAGUCGGGAGAUUUUGAAAGGCUUUUGAUAUAUAUGGUGUACAUUACUCAGUACAUGUAUGUUUGUUCUACAGCUCGUCAUGUUUCUUCUUCUUCGCGUUCUCAGAGAUUGAGGUUAGGCAUGUAUGGGAUGAAAGCAUAUGAUUUUUACAGGAAAAAUGCAUGGACAAAACCGUCCGGGUGGUAUACCAACAUAAUGUUCAAGUUUGUCUUAAACGCUGCCAUAAUACAGCGAAUAAUAUCAGUUACAUGGCAAAUGUUGUUGCCAGUUUUAGGGUCAGCUCUUGAAUAUGGAUUUACCAUAUUAUGAAAAUAUGAAAUGUUCUUUAAAAAAAAAUUAUGUUUUUAUAAGGGAAGCAUGAGGACAUUUAUAUUAUAGAAGCCGACCUUAAUGCAAUAUGUAAAACAACAAUGUGCACCCCAUCAUAACGACAUUAUGAUUUGCCAAAGAUUCAAACACAUAACUUCUAUGGUGUCUACAUGUUUUGGCUUUUUCCCAAGGAAAUUGUGUUGCUAGCCGAAUUAAUUCAUAAAAUGUUCCUUCUGUUGCCAGUAAUAUGCAGACCACAUACCACUAACACCACCAUUAUAUAAUGAACUUCCCUAUUCUCUCUCUCGUCCUCUCCAUUGCAACUGAAUGGAGUUGAGACUAUUGUUAACCCGUUUAGAAAUACCAAGCACUUACCAAUGGAAUACCACAACCAUACAACGAUGCAGAGAUGCAAACAAUUACUUUUAUAUCAUUUCAUGUGAAUAUCAGUGUUGAAGGCAAAAUGUUGUCUACAUUCUUCAAUCUCUUUUAUUUGAGCUACUAUGUCUAGCUAUAGUCACCCCGAUGUCCAAACCGUGGCCCUCUGUGACCCUCUGUGGCCCUCCGUGGCCUCUCAAAAGUAACAUGAUUUAUUUAUUCUCCUUAUUUAUUCUUUAUUUGCCGGUAUGUUUUUUUUAUUUUUUAAAGUCCUCAACAUUUCAAGCUACAUGACCCCGCGGUUGUCAGUCAGUGUUAACCAAUGGAAAUGGAAUGUGUUUUUUGUGUGGAGGUGUGUGGAGGAGUUCAGUGUACAGACGGGACUUAAUGAGUGUGUGAAUGUAUUACUUAGGAUGUAACGAAGGGUCUUGUGUUUUUUUCUUCAUUUGCAUUAUCCUGUCAUGGCUUACCUGUUCCUGAGGAGAAAAAAAAACAUAAAAGCAAUACAAAUCCGUUCAGUAAAACAUA